AUGAUCUCCUCCGUCAUCACAUCCGGAGCUGUUUUCCUCAUCUCUCUCUUCCAGGCUCUUCCUAUCGCGGCAUUCCCAGCUGCUUCAAAGAUUGACGGCUAUAGCAUCGGGGAUAUCACCUGGGAGAUCCAGACUUCUCCUGGAGGGCCAGUCGUCAACGUCACGGGGACCGUCCAAGAAGUCAUCAAGUACGCUGAGAAGGUUAACCCAAACUUUCGCUCCGACUUUACCCUUGAUUAG